GGCCGUGGGGCGGUGGGCGCACCCCCGGGCGCGGCGGCUGUGGUCACAGGUGGGCGGCGACGAGCGGAACCGGAGCCCGGGGACUCCAGCGAUCGCGCCGGGAGCCCUGCGGCGCGGAGACCCGGCACGCGUCCGCGCCGCUGGAGGGGCCGACCCUCUCCCUCCGCCUCGUCUUCUAGGGCUGCAGCCGCACCUCCGCCCGGAGCGCAGGCGUUGGCGUUUGAUCAGAGAGCGGCGUGAAUGUGUUUAGAAGAUAUGAGUUGUGUGCUUUCCUCCUUCACCUGCUGAGGGCUCAUGGUGACAGGUGGCAGUCAUGACACAGAAGGGCAGUUUGAAGUCCGUGAAGAAAAACAAAGCGGAAGAACCUGAAUUGGAGCCCCUGUGCUGCUGCGAGUACAUAGAUCGAAAUGGGGAAAAGAACCACGUGGCCGCUUUUUUGUGUGAUUGCCAAGAUCUGGAUGAAGGGUGUGAGAGAUGGAUUACGUGUAAAUCUGUGCAGCCAGAGACUUGUGAAAGAAUCAUGGAAACAAUCUCUGAUCGCCUCCGAAUUCCUUGGCUUCGAGGAGCCAGAAAAGUUAACAUUAGCAUCAUUCCCCCUCUCAUCCUCCUGCCCAUCUUCCUCCGAGUGGCCUCCUGGCAUUUCCUCCUGGGGGUGGUGGUUCUGACCUCCCUGCCUGGGCUGGCCCUGUGGUACUACUACCUCACUCACCGAAGGAAAGAGCGCACUCUGUUCUUCCUGAGCCUCGGGCUGUUCUCUCUGGGCUACAUGUACUAUGUGUUCCUCCAGGAAGUGGUCCCCAGAGGGCGUGUGGGGCCCACCCAGCUGGCUCUCCUUACCUGCGGGCUAUUUCUGAUCCUCUUAGCCUUGUACAGAGCCAAGAAGAACCCAGGCUACCUCAGAAAUCCAGCCAGCGAGGACACAGCUCUGGGCAGCAACCGAACUGAGUGCCUGAACAGAAAAGGGCAGAAGACCAAAGGGUUCCCUGGCGCGGAUGUGUCGGGCAUCCUCAACAACCGCACCCCGAGGGAUGAUCAGAAGGGCUCUUCCAGGUCGUUGGCUGGAAGCCCCACGAAGGCGAAGGAAGAUUGGUGUGCCCAGUGCCAGCUCGUGCGACCUGCCCGGGCAUGGCAUUGCCGGAUAUGUGGCACCUGUGUGAGGAGAAUGGAUCACCAUUGUGUCUGGAUAAAUGGCUGUGUCGGAGAAUGCAAUCAUCAAGCAUUUAUACUUGCCCUUUCGAUCUUCUUGCUCACCUCGGUGUAUGGGAUCACGCUGACCUUGGACACCAUUUGUAGAGAUAGAAGUGUCUUCACAGCUCUCUUCUAUUGUCCUGGAGUUUAUGCAGAUUACAGCUCGGCGCUGACCUUCACCUGCGUGUGGUACUCUGCGAUCAUCACCGCGGGCAUGGGCUACAUCUUCCUGAUACAGCUGAUAAACAUCAGCUACAACGUGACCGAGAGGGAAGUGCAGCAGGCCCUCCGACAGAAGACGGGGCGCCGGCUCCUCUGUGGGCUCAUCGUGGACACAGGCCAGUACAACAGGGGCUUCCUGCGGAACUGGCACCAGUUCUCUACCCUGGGCACCGCCCCGUUCCAGCACCCUGCCGAGGACAUUGUCUGAUGUGCCUUCUGUGCGCUCAAGGUGGGGGGGAGGGGCUCCCCUGCUCCCCUCCACCCUACACUUCAGUGUGCACUUGGGAUGCUCGCUUUUAUCCCUAGUUUCUUAAAGGCAUUAUAGGGCCACGCUCAGGUUGAGACUGGACUGGAGGAAUGAAUCUUUCUGACUUCACAGCCUAAGAGAUUUUUAUAUCGAAGCAGUAAAAGUAGAGCCAUUCCUUUCCAGGCGCCUUGUUAACUAACUCAGUCACCAGAAGCUGAAAAGGAUGUGGAUUGCUAAUGCACAAAUUGAUCGAAGCAAUUCCGUCCCUCAGUGUGGGAGGAAGAAUCUUGGAUUAGGAUAGUUUCUACUCCCUCUUUUAAUUCCUAAUAGCCAUGUGACCCUUCUUUGAGUCACAUCCCCGAAUCUCAGGUUCAUUGGUAAAGUGGGGUCCUGAUGUCUGCCCUGGCUUCCCCCCAGAGCAGCUGUGAGGUCACAUGAUGGAUGAGAUAUGUAAAAAGCACCAGAAAAUAAAGCACCAGAGAAGUCUGAAGUAUUACUAGGAAAAUCCCAGACUGAAAGAAAUGUUUGUAGUUCCGAAUAUUGAAGCCAUUAUUAUUAGAAUAAUCUCUUUUUAGGCAUUUCAGAGUGAAAAAACAAUCCCCAAAUACCAUGCUAUACAGCUAUGGGAGUUUCUCUUUCGGAAGCAUUACAGUGACUACUCGGACAGUGUAGCAGAUGACCAGAUGGAUUUACAGUUAAUCUGGUCGUAAAAGGAGAGUUGAUACCAAUUGCGAAGCUAAUUAUUGCUGGUGUAAUGUACAGUGGUCAUGAGUUUGGGUGAUGCAUCUUACUUCUUAGGUAUUUGUUGUUUAAAUUUACUCUAAAGAACUCCAAUAGGCAUUAAUGUUUCUUCCUCUUCCCAUGUCUCACGUGGUAAGGUGCUAGCUACACUGUGACGAUGGCUGGAACAGGAAAACAGGCACUCCUGCAGCGAACACUUUACCUUUCCUGGGUAUGGUGGCCAGUUAAUAUUAAGGGCUUGAUUUUUUUUUGUUUGUGUAAGUGAUUUGAAUGCGGUUAGCUCCAGCACUAAGUUGCAAUAAUCCGUCUUCCGGCAUUCACAUAAUUCUGGCAUGGACUCUCUUCGAGGGGUUGAUUGGCAUCUCCCCCCUUAACUUGUACAUUCUCGUUCACCUUUCCCAUAUAAACGUAUCUCACCAAGAGAGAAAACAGGGUAUAUGUAGUUCCCACUAAUUAAUGGAUUACUGUUGUUCCCUAGUUCUUCCUAAAAUAUCAAGUUAUUUCUUUAAUCAUAUCUCAAAACUGAAAAUGUAUGGAGGAUUAAAUAUUUAUGUAUAAUGGGUUUAUUCUGCCACAGAAUUAAGAUGAGGCAGUUUAGGAUGGGGAAGAAACCAUCUUGAAAUAUUUGGUUUUGUACCUGUAAUUUUUAAAUUGAAUUUAUUGGGGUGACACUGGUUAAUAAAAUUAUAUAGGUUUCAGGUUAUACAAUU